AUGGGGCACAGUAAAGAAAAAUCUAUAGAGAGAAAAGAAAAGAGGUUGCAAGAGAUAUCUCUUUUGAGGACCAUUCCAUACGCUGAUCACCAGAGGUGGUGGUCUAAGGAAACAAUUGCUGUGGUUACCGGAGGAAAUAGAGGAAUUGGGUUUGAAAUUUCUAGACAGCUAGCUGAUCAUGGGGUAACUGUAAUACUAACAUCAAGAGAUGCUAGUGUUGGUGUUGAAUCAAUUAAGGUCCUGCAAGAAGGUGGUCUGCAAGAAGUGGCUUGUCAUCAACUUGAUGUACUAGAUUCUUCUUCUAUCAACCAAUUCACUGAGUGGUUGAAGGAAAAUUAUGGUGGCUUGGAUAUUCUGGUAAAUAACGCGGGAAUUAAUUUCAAUGUUGGGUCUCAGAACUCUGUUGAAAAUGCUAGUUUGGUUAUUGAUACAAAUUAUUAUGGCACCAAGCGUGUAAUUGAAGCCAUGAUUCCACUAAUGAAGCCAUCUUCUGCUGGUGCUCGUAUUGUAAAUGUGAGCUCACGUCUAGGUCGAUUAAAUGGCAAACGAAAUAGAUUGGAGAACGAAGCUUUGAAAAAGCAACUAAGCGUUGUGGAAUCCCUUUCAGAGGAACUAAUUGAUGGGAUUGUAUCAACAUUUCUGCAACAAGUAGGAGAUGGAACUUGGGCCUCAGAAGGAUGGCCUCAAACUUUCACUGAUUACUCAGUGUCAAAAUUAGCAGUCAAUGCAUAUACAAGGUUUAUGGCAAAGAAGCUUUCUGAGAGACCAGAUGGUGAAAAGAUUUAUAUUAAUUGCUAUUGCCCUGGCUGGGUGAAAACCGCUCUCACAGGUUAUACAGGAAGUAUCACAGUUGAGGUAGGUGCUGAUACUGCAGUGUGGCUUUCUCUUCUUCCUGACCAAGCAAUUACUGGCAAGUUUUUUGCAGAGAGAAGGGAAAUUAACUUUUAA